AUGGCCAUGCUUUGGUAUGGUCUUGUGCUGUUUGGAACCAUUGCUAUUGCAUUUGCAGUGUAUCUUCUGGUAAUGACAAGAUGGUGCACACCCCAUGAUGUGUUUUCUCAUCCAGGAUUAACUAGCCCUGCACAGCAGAUUACCAGUGCUUCACUGAACCUGAGUACAUAUUCAGCUUCAACGUUCAAGUAUAAGAAAGGAAUUGGAAAUUCAGAAGUACCUGAAACUGAAUGCAUUAUCUGCUUAUCAGAUUUUGAGGACGAGGAAUAUGUUCGGCAGCUUUCACAUUGCAGGCACUUAUUUCAUGCUACCUGUGUAGACAUGUGGCUUUACUCUCAUUCUGACUGUCCACUUUGCCGGACACCAAUCCAUCGACUGGAUUCUAAUGAUGGCGUAUUGACAACGGAGAACUCCACAGAGGGCCUGCUAGAUAUUAGAAUUUCAUCUUGA